AACAGUGCAAACAGCACAACAAACGCAGCCCCUCCGACGCCUCUCAAAGCUGAUUAAAUCUUAACCUCCUUCGUCAUUCCUACUUGCAAAACAUCGCUCAUCCUGCACCUCCGCCGCGAGCGGCAUUUCCCCCGUGGUCACCUCCGACGAACUGAUGGGGUGCAAGUCAUGCCAGAAGCCCAAGGCGCAGCACCGGAAGGGCCUGUGGUCGCCGGAGGAGGACCAGAAGCUCCGUGACUUCAUCGUCCGCUACGGCCACAGCUGCUGGAGCACCGUCCCCGUCAAGGCCGGCCUUCAGCGGAACGGUAAGAGCUGCAGGCUGCGGUGGAUCAACUACCUGAGGCCGGGGCUGAAGCACGGCAUGUUCUCCCGGGAGGAAGAAGAGACCGUCAUGAGCCUCCACGCCACACUCGGCAACAAGUGGUCUCUGAUUGCGCAGCACCUGCCGGGUCGGACGGACAACGAGGUGAAGAACUACUGGAACUCUUACCUGAAGAAGCGCGUCGAGGGCGCGCGGGCACCAGCCAAGUCCGCCGGCUCGGACGCGCCCCGGAGCCCGACGCCCAGCGAGAGCGGCCGCGAACGCUGCACCGUCAACCAGCCAUCCAACUCCGGCUCAUCCGGGCCGCUCGAGUCAUCGUCGACGGCCGACGAGUCGAGCAGCCUCACAGUCCCCGGCACUGCCGCCUCGAUCCGGCCGCACGCGCCCGUGCUCCCCAAGGUCAUGUUCGCGGACUGGCUCGACAUGGACAUGGACUACGGCACCGGCCUGAUGGCUCCGAGCGCCCUGGACGCGGCCUUCGACGGCAGCCCGGCGCAGCAGGGCGCGAGCGUGAGCACCACGGUGGACGGUCGUUGCGACGCCGUGGACUCAUUGCACGGGAUCGGCGACGGCGGCAUCUGCUGGGAGUUCGAGGCGGACAUGCAGGGCGGAGGAGCAGGGUUCUGCGACCUGCUCUCCAUGAGCGAGUUCCUCGGGAUCAACUGACAACAAGUUCUCAAGGCCACGAUUCAGUCGGACCAGCACCGUGGAGAAGAAAUCGUUGAAAUAGUUGUUGCCGGAAGACCCACAUAUCCAAGAUCUCAACCUUGAAAAGAGAAACUCACAUGCCUCACGACCACACCGGAGGCAGCACAAUGUGGUGGAGAUGAGGCGGAGGAACAAAUUGCGAAGGAAAAUCGCCGCCAUCGUCACGCUAACAAAUUCUGCAAACCCUAACUUCAUCGACCAAAAUGAGAAAACUCGAGGAAACUUUAUUUACUAGAGCAUGCGCCUCCGUAAAA